AUGGCUAUGGACGAAUGCCGCGACGACGAGGGCGGCGACCUGUCCGGCCUGCGCCUCAAGGCUGACACGGCCUACAUCACAGGGGCCACCCCGAAGCUGGACCACGUCGUGCAGUUCCACCUCGGCGACAACAUCACAGCGCUGGAGAAGACCACGCUGUCGCAGGGCGGCAGCGAGCUGAUCUGCUAUUCCACGCUGCUGGGCGCCGUGGGGGCCUUCUACCCCUUCGGGACGAAGGACGAGAUCGACUUCUUCAGCCACCUCGAAAUGUUCAUGCGCUCAGAGAAGCCGCCGCUGUGUGGCCGCGACCACCUGAUGUACAGGUCCUACCACUUCCCGGUGCAGAACUGUGUAGACGGCGAUUUGUGCGAACAGUUCAUGAACUUGCCCUCCGACAAACAGCGCGGCAUAGCGAGCGAGCUGGACAGGACCCCAGCCGAGAUCGUGAAGAAGCUCGAGGACUGUCGUCCUUCUCCACCAAGGAGCAAAUGA